UUGAGUAGUUUAUUGAAUCCGAAUCAGAAUUGUGUUUAUUGCCAAGUAUUUUUUCACAUACGAGGAAAAGUUGUUUUGGUGCAUAACAAAACAAAUUCAAAGUAAGGACAAGGAUAAAAGAUGGAGACAUGAAGUAAUAAGUGGGAAACUAUGCAAUAAAAUUCAAUAUACCUGUAUAAAAAAUAUACAAAGGGUUAGACAAAGGGUUUAUGAGUUUUCGACAUCCUCGCUAAUCACCUUUUCUGCAGUUACGAGAUCGCCAUCGAUAAAGGGUGAAGUUAUUUGAAAAAACAGAACAGGCGAUUCAAUUGGCCAGUUACGAUUAACAUAUUUUGGUCCAAAUUUUCUUCAGCCACUUCUGCGGACGGUUUCAUCCGACAGUCGUGGAGAUACUUCAGUUGGAAGUGGGACGGCAACGUUGGACUAAUAAAGCAACGUUGCACUUGGCAAUGCCGUUGGCGUGGCUAAAUAUCACACGUUACAUCUUGAAACGUCUUGAAGCUGUUACAGAAAACACACAGUACAACAACCAUCAACAGCAGAAAAGUGUCUUAUUUCAUUCAUUGAUUGAUAACAAACACGUGAUUUCAUCAGAUCUUCCUCACAAACCUUCAGAAGUUCAGAUUCAUUCAAAUGAACUACGGCGAUAUCACAAGCGGUAUCCAGACCGAGUUUCGCUCAAGAGGACUGCAACAUCCUUCCCCUCCAAACCUGUUUCCCAUCUCAAUAAGGUGUAACACUAAAAGAUUAGAUACCUUCGGAUCCAUGACUGCAAUACAAAUAAGGUUAUUACUUUUCAAAGACUCUCAAAAACCAAGGGUGGGGGGGCGACGACAUCCCUAAAGGAUUGGCAAGCUUUUCCUUUCCAUUCCUCCAGAUUUACUUUACCAUCUGGUGAUAUCAACAAAACCCAUCUGCAGAGCAAAAGGCUCUUGGAGAGUUCGCCAGCAAACACCGUGCCAUCAAUUUUCAUGAAAAACCUGAGUCGUCCUGUUAAGGUACAACACAGACAACACGGGCACGAGGAGCCGCAGCACGACUCGGGUCCCCGCGGCGGACGGUCCUUGGGGGGGGGAGGGGGGGUUUGUCAGACCGCCAUUCAUCCACUUCUUCAUUGAUUGCUUUUAUUUUUCCCACAACAAUGUGCCUGAGUGCUUUAAGAUAGUUGAAGGUUCUUUCAGAGCAGCUGCACGUACACGCACACAUACACGCACGCAUACACGCACGCACACAUAGAUAGACAGACAGACAGACAGACAGACGGAGACAGACAGACAGACAGACAGACAAUCACAAUGUCUAUAUAGUCAGUUCACCAUUGUCAGCACAGCAUCAGCAAAGCUCGGUCGUUUUCAAUUAGCAGACUUAUGUUGCGACUUUUGUACCGUCAAUACUGCAGUUCUCAUUCUUUCAGUCCCUGCAAGUCAGAUUGUGUGUGUGUGUGUGUGUGUGUGUGUGUGUGUACAUGUGUCUUUCUAUAGUUGAGAGAACCAAAUUUGGCUCAAAACCAUCGUUGUGAGGACAUUUUGAAGGGGCUGUUUGAGGGUUAAGACUUGAGUUUAGGGUUAGGUGUUUAGUUGUGAUGGUUAAGGGUCUAGGGAAUGCAUUACGUCAAUGAGUGUCCUCACAACUUUAGAGAGACAAGUCUGUGUGUGUGUGUGUGUGUGUGUUUGUGUGUCGGGCUGACCCCGCAGCCCCAACUGUCCCGUCUCGUGCUCAUCACAUCAGGCCCGUGGAACACGUCACCCUGCUUUUGGGGCCUGACACCGGGCCGCUCUAAUCUGUUGCCACUGCCGCGCUCCGGGGCGUCGGCUAGCUGCUGCUGCUGCCGCAGCCACGAAGAGUUAAACGGGGCGAGCGGCGCCGCCGUGGCCUCAAUGUGUCACCGCCCGGCGCUGAAGGUAUCGAUGACAUAUGAAUCCACCGGAUCCAACGGAGAGAAGCUCGGCUGCACCAUCGCCACCAGUUAGAAAGAACAUUGUGGGUGAAUGGGACGAUAUCGGCUGCCACCUCCACUUGCCAUGAGUGAAUCAUGGUCCGGAGUCCAAAAGCGGCGCCUUGGCGGAGGCACGCACACACACUGCUGUUCAAUACUGCAUUGUGUUGGCAAUUGAAAUGCUCCCUUGACAUUACUCUGGUUAUUUCCAUGACAAUUCUCAUCUUGUUGUGUGUGUUUUUUAAAGGUUAAUACUAUAGCCCGUCUGGUAGGGAUUUACGGGGACCGAUGCCGAUAUUUGGGAGUAGAUUCCCGAUACCGAUACAUCGGCCGAUGUAUGUAUGUAUGUAUGUAUGUAUGUAUGUAUGUGUGUAUAUAUAUAUAUAUAUAUAUAUAUAGUUUUUAUCUGUCAAUGAUUCCUGAGAUGUUGCUAUCCGACCUUUAUGACAAGGAAAAUGUAAUUGAGGCUUGAUAUUCUUGUUUAACCAUAAACUUUAUCAUCAAUAACGGUACAUUAAAAAUGCAAAUACAAACCAAAUACUCACUUAAAUUUAAAACAAAAAUCCACAAUUAAAGGCCCAUGAUCUGUUGGCCGAUAAUAUCGGUCGGGCUUCUAAACAUGUAUCGGCCCACAUACCGAUAUGUCCGUGAAAGGCUAAAAUAUCGGCCGAUGUUAUCGGCAAACGGGACAAACAGGGAUGCCGGACUCUGAUUGUUUUUUUCGUUUGUUAUUUUGCUCUGUGCGCCCGGUGCCGACCCACCGCCCUGUGUCCAACGAACACGACCUGAGAUCGGAGGCGGACGCCGGGGAGUCACGCUGGGAGCGGGCGGGGGGAGGAAAACGGGGGGCAGUCGUUAUUUGCACGCGCGCCCCGGCGCGCGCGGUGAUGAGAUGAGAAAGUCAGUGGCGGUAUAGAGGGAGGAAGAGGAGGAAGAGGAGGAGGAGAGGGAGAAACACAUAGAGCCCGAUGAUGUCUGUGAAGGAUUCCCGUCUCCGUCGGUCCUCGCUCGGCGGAUGUCUCCACAUCCCGCUGCGCGCCUGACCGAGGGGCUCCUCCGUGGGAUCUACCCCGGCGUCGUGUAAGGUCAGAGCAAAGGCAAGGGCAUCACAGAGGAGGAAUACAAUCUGGUCCUUUCUUUUUGUGUGCAAAUUAAAUCAGGGGAAGGAGUCCCCGGGGGGCGCUGCAAUGAUUUGACGUUUCUACAAAAAAAAGAAAUAAGGAAUAGCCCCCUCUGUUUUUUUUGUUGUUGUUGUUGUCUUCUCCCCCGACGUGGGCGCAUGCGGACUGACGGGGGUUAGGAGAGAUGCCAGCCGACGAGCCGGAGACGCUUGGAGAGGACGGAGACUUGAGAUGUGAGAGUUCUUCCAUGAAACAUUUCCUCAAGGACUAAUCAUCUACCUCGCUCCCGCCGGGGGGAGAGGAGGAGGAGGGGAGGGGGAGAGGAGGAGGAGGAGGAGGAGAAGAGGGGGAGAAGAGGAGGAGAAGAGGGGGAGAAGAGGAGGAGGAGGAGAGGAGGAGGAGGAGGAGAGGAGGAGAAGAAGGGGAGAAGAGGAGGAGGAGGAGAGAGGGGGGGUGUGGCACCGCCGCGUGUCCGGUCGUCAAGGUGCCACACACGGAUGGAUGACUUUUGCGCGGAGGUAAAGAAAAGCGAAGAGUCCGUGUACAACUUUAUGUAGGUCACACACACACAGCCGAGCACACGCACACGCAAACACACACGUGAUCGUCGACCAAUAUCGGGUAACAUCACAUCCCCCUGUCAAGUCUGCGACUUGGCGCGCGCGCUCUCUCUCUCUCUCUCGUGGCACCCGCGGGACGCACCCGUCGAGGUGCGCUCCAUGUUUCGUGCAGGACGCGCCAGUGCCGGAAUGCAGAGAACCUGCGGGACAUAGAGAGCACACGGUCGGGACCAGAGAGCAGCGUCGCGGGCUGCGGGGGGGCCAGUGAUGCCGGACACAUUCGCGCUCAUAAGGAACCGGACGGAGCCGCGGCUGGGGCAGCUGGAGCGCACACUGGCCCCGGAGGGGAGCUCCCGCCCCGCCUGGGUCAUCGCCAUCCUGGCCAGCGUGCUGAUCUUCACCACGGUGGUGGACGUGCUGGGCAACCUGCUGGUGAUCAUCUCCGUGUUCAGGAACCGCAAGCUGAGGAACGCGGGUAAUGUGUUCGUGGUGAGUUUGGCGUUCGCUGACCUCGUGGUAGCCUUCUACCCGUACCCCCUGGUCCUCUACGCUCUCUUCCAUGACGGAUGGGCACUGGGAAACACACAAUGCAUGGUCAGUGGUUUCCUCAUGGGGCUGAGUGUCAUCGGUUCCAUCUUCAACAUCACCGGGAUCGCGGUGAACAGAUACUGCUACAUCUGUCACUCGUUCUCCUACAGUCGGCUGUACAGCUAUCGCAACACUCUGCUGUUUGUCGCCUUGAUCUGGCUGCUCACGGUGGUCGCCAUUGUCCCCAACUUCUUCGUCGGAUCGCUGCGCUACGACCCGCGGGUCUACUCCUGCACCUUCGCCCAGAAUGUCAGCACCUCCUACACGGUGGCGGUCGUGGUGGUGCACUUCCUGGUGCCCAUCGCAGUGGUGACGUUCUGUUAUCUCCGCAUUUGGGUACUUGUGAUUCAGGUGCGACGUAAAGUGAAGACCGAGGAGAGCCCUCGCCUCCGACCAAGUGACUUGCGGAAUUUCAUCACCAUGUUCGUGGUCUUUGUGCUGUUCGCCAUCUGCUGGGCCCCGCUCAACCUAAUAGGAUUGGCAGUGGCCAUAGAUCCUUCCAGCGUCGUCCCGCGCAUCCCCGAGUGGCUGUUCGUGGUCAGCUACUUCAUGGCCUACUUCAACAGCUGUCUGAACGCCAUCAUCUAUGGCUUACUCAACAGGAAUUUCAGGAACGAGUACAAGCGCAUCGUCACCUCCGUGUGGGUGACUCGGCUCUUUGUGACAGAGACCUCGCGAGCGGCCACAGAGGGCAGGAGCAUGAAGAGCAAGCAGUCGCCACCGCCGCCGCCGCCGCACAACAACAACGAUUCAGUAAGAGAUCGCAUCAACAAGGAAUGAAAUCUGGAUCCUUGAGCCUGUAAAAUAGUAAUUUCUGUUGUUGUUGUUUUUUUUAUGUGAAAUCCAAACGGUUGUGCAGCUAAAGAGUGAAGUAACAGGUGAAACUGGAAUAUAUGGCUUGGUUUUUCAAAUGGUCAUGAGGAUGCGGACAGACUUGUUUACAUCUGUAGAUGUUUUUUUGUUUUUUUCAGUUUGGACAAAGUUAUGAAGAAUUUAAAUACAUAUGAUCAACUCGACAACUUUGUCAAAGAACCCAGCAAGGAUGAUUUUGUACGUUCCGCUGUUUGCACCGAUGAAGCAUGAACAGAGAAAAAACAUUUUUAUAGAUGUUGCAUCCUCUGAGAACCGAGCCGUGCGUUGCAGUUUCACUUUGUCCUUACAAUCUUAAAAACAAUCCGAAUGGUACAUUAAUAUUACAUUAAAGUGUGAUAUGCUUUAAUGUCUGCUGCUGUGGACUCUCAGACGUAGUUCACCAAACUGGGUAACCAGUCGAAAAAAACAUACACCUCUCUCUCUUAGUAACUUCAGAAGCCUCAAAUAGUUCAACUCGCCUCACUUAAAUGUAGAGAUUAGUAAAGGAGGAGAUGGUGUCUGUCUGACUUCUGCAGUGCUGCCUGGUCCGACACUCUUGCACUGCAGAGCACGAGAAACAAAAUCUUAGUAAUAAACACAAUCAACUAAUUCAGGAAAUGGAGUCGCUGAUGACACAAAGCACGCUAGGUGACACUAGCGCCGCGCCAUGUGAGACCAUCCAAUCAACACAGGGUUUGUUUUUUUUAUAGAGUUUCUGAAAGCGUCAAAUGGUGCAAACGCUGCGUGUGAUGUAGCAGGUGGCAGAUGCAGCUAGGCCUGUAACGAUAGCUGCUUUUUGUUUCACGAUAUAUGGUCCCAGAAAUUAUUGCGAUAAACAAUAUUAUUGUGAUUUUAGGACUGUUCUUGGUGACUGAAUCACUUGGGCUUGCAGUAGAGGCCUUUUGGUCGUUAUGCAUGCAAGUCCUACAUGAUGUUAAUAAAAAUGUUAAAUGUUAUCCAAUAUUAAGACUUUGCGUUUAGGCCUCAGACAAAACAAGUAAUUUGAAGACAUGGUGCCUUUUGAAAAAUACUAAGACAUCCAUAUUGUCUGACAUUUUAUAGCCCUAAACAGUAAAAGAUUAAUAAUACGACGAGAAUAGAUAGGGAGGAAAGAAGCAGUGAGACUUGCCGAACUGUUAUUGACCAUUGUCAAUAAAAAUGAUGGAGUUCAUAUUCAUGUAUUGUACAAUAAGUCGAUUAUCGAUUAUUGUGACUGGCCUAGAUGUAGCUUAGCUGCUGCAGUUAAACCAUAGUCUUACUUAAAUAUAAAAUAGGUCACCCUGAGUUGCAUGCUAAGCCACCCUUGAUUUUAAUUUUCUUUUUAAAGAAGGGCAAAGAUAUAUAUAUGAAAAAAAAAAAUACCAUUUUUAUUUCCAGGAAGGAUUAAAGGGGCAGUAAGAUGUUACAGAGAAAUAUUGCUUAUUGUUGAUUUUUUUUUGACUGCAAUGGUCAGGGCUCGAACCCGCGGCCUCGCAGUACAGGAGACCGACACGCUAACCACGAGGCCAAAACCCCUGAGCCGCAGCAUCUGUCGCCAGCACGUCUCUUGAGGUGUCGGGGAGCGAUGUUUACAAGCUACACACGCAGUGUGUGUGUAGUUCAUUGUAUACUGGAUUCAAAUCGCUCACUGCCCCUUUAAUGCUGAAUGUGUUUUGGAAUGGUGAUGUUAUUCUUCAAAACUUUCCCACAUGUUCCUUUGACUUUGCCAUUUAAGAUUAAGAUUUAAAUUUACAUUUUGCAUUUAACAUUUGAAUGUCAAAUUGUCAGGUUUUUUUUUUUUCUGCCAUAAGAGUGCAACGUGAUUUUUAUACAGAGCACAAAAACUCCACAACAAUAACGUAAUAAAAAGGUAAUAAUAAUCUCAACAUACCGUACCACCGUCUGCUGAUGAUUUAUAUAUGAUCUAAAUAUUAUCCAAAGUUCCAGAACACCGACAUUUUUCCAAUUAUUUAUUGGACUUCCAUCAGUUCACAGUCAGUGAAAAUAUUAUGUUAACUUCAUAGAAAAAGAUUAGCGGGUUAACUUGGCAGUAAAUUAAGCCCCGACUGCCAGAAGGCUUGUUGAAACACACUGUGUUUCAAAGCCUACAUAUUUAUAUUCAACGUAAUACGAUGCAUCGUUCGCUUUCACUAAAUUGCCAACUGCGAGGCACGGAUGACUUCCGAGCGAAGUGGUGUCACGAUCCGAGACGUCCCACAUCGGUUGCAUUCAUAAAUCCUAUCUAGCAUCUAGUCCCUCUCCUAAGCACAUCUGUAUUUCAACAAAUUUUAAUGAAUCCGACCAGUUUGUUGCAAAUGAUGCCUCUCUCCAGAUCAUACAGAAUAAAAAAUAAAGACGAAAUCACCACACGUUAGAGAAACCCCCGCCCCCAGAAAAAAGGAAACCGAUAAAUUCAGUACAUUUGCUGCAUGUGCAGCAGGUGAAGUGGAAUGAACACAGGUUCCUCUGCCUCCUACAUCACACGCAGUAGUAGUUGACUCAUGCGGCGGCAGCGCUUAUAAAAGGUACUUGGGCAAAAUGUUAGCUUUUUUUCAUGUCAUAGGUAAUUAUAAAUGUUUGGGAAUUAGUUUUCUCAUGAAAGAAUAUUAAUUCACCUGCGACGCAUUUUUGAUGCUUUCACUGUGAUACACAGACAAACAGCAAGAGUCAUGAUAACAUAAGUGUUGUACUGCCACUUGGUCAUAACUACUUGGAUGGGAGAUGAUAUUCAUUGCCUCUUCACAGAACGGAGUUUUUGAAAGGUGUAGAUUGUCGAGACAGUACAGCUCAUAUUAUCUGUAUUCUCAUCUCAGGGUGCCUAACCUAACAUUUUGUCGUGUUACACAGUUGUCCGGAACAUUCGCAGUUUAUUGGCUGCCACGUGAGGGAGAUCGAAGACAUUUUAAAAGGAUAUUUUGUAUAAAAAAUAUAUAUGUAAAAUUGAAAAAAAUAUAUAUCUGCAUUGUGUCAGAGGAAGGUGUGACUUAAAAAAAAAAAAAAAGUCACGCACACCGUCUCGCUUACUCCUGAAAUAUUUAUUAGCUUCUAAAGGUUUUGGUCGUAUUUCAGCAGGAAGCAAGAUUGUGUGCGGGACAAUGGGAUUUUUUUUAUUUAUUGUAAAUUAGUGUCAGUGUUGUUUUUAACUGUGGUAUCUUGUUAUUGGACAUGUAUUCAAAAUGUGUUUUUUUAUAUAUCUGAAGCUCAAUAACCCCACACAAUUAAUAGUUUACUAUAGUAAAAUGCUUAACCAUUCUCUGCAUCAUCUCUAACUACAGCUGCAAAGUGCAUCUAAAACAGCCUCUUGCUAAAUUGCCAUGUACAUUUGUCUCAUUACCAAUACAUUUUGUUUUUCCAGUGUUGAGUGUAUACCUGCAGAAAUUAAAUAUCGAGGAAUAUGGCAAAACAGGUUCCUCAGUGUAAAUUUAAGUUUUAUUGUUGGGAUUUUGUUUCACGGCACAGGGUAAGAAAUGCGCAAUGCCAUAUACAAAGAAUGGUAACAGAAGUCGUACUAUAAAAAAAUUGAUGGGAUAGGACGCGUGCAAGAGCGUUGAAAGCAGAGGAAGAAAAUUUGGAAGCAACUAACGACAUCUGUGAUGCAGAGGAAGGUAGAAGGUGUACAUUCAUUUUGUUAAAGAGAUGGGAUUUAGAUGAAUAUUGGGGGAUGUCUUCAAACCAGAGAGGUGAGGGAAGGUCAUCUCUCCUCUAGGGGUGCAGGAGUGUUGCCCAGAUCGCUGCAGGGAAGGGAAAGAAAAUGAUGCCUCUAUGCUUCCAGAAAACUUGGAAUCAGAUGUCCGGAGAGUGUUUUAGAUGCACAUGGGGAGGGAGGCAAAGACUUCAAUUCAAACCAAAGAAAUGCACAUGACUGAAGCGGGUCAGGUGAAUACAUACACUUUGUCAAGAUAUCGCCUGGGGAGACAUCUUUAAAAAAAAAAAACACCUUUGGUCCUUUAAGGUACUUUUUUUUUUUCAUUCAGAAUUACUGCCUUAUAGUUAAUACAAUAGUGUCAACUUUUGAAUAUUACGGCAAGUGCCAUAUUUUCUAUUAAAAGUGAACCUAUUCAGCAAACCUGGUUUGCAUUCAUUCUGCUUUUUUUUCUUCUUUUUUUUUAUGUAUUCAGGACGGUCGUCUGUUGAAACUCUUCUCUUCAGCACCACACAUAAAUUCACAUGCAGACCUCAGGCAAGAGACUCAAUUGAUGAAGCAGGAGAACAAAUAUUAUCUUCUUCUCCUUUGUGUUUUCUUUCGUCACGCCCUACAGCCAAAUUAUGUAACUAUGUUCCCUUAUGUUCCCGAUGCUCACUAUCUGCAACCUUAACUGUGAACCUACUUCGCCAUGCAACCAAAUAAUAGAAUAUCUUGUUUGCCAGCCUAAAGGAUGGGGUCUCUCUUUUUCUUGUCUUUUCUUUAUUCUUUACUUAAUAACUGCACAUAAUUAAUACGCUGUUCCCCAUCAUUUACUACCUGGCACAGCAGCACAACUUCACAGUCUUAGAUUUUAAAAUGAACCACUCUGUUGCAAUCUUUCAGUCCAAUAACGUUAUUCUCUUUUCAUCCCAAAUCCUAUGUUGAAUUAUUUUUUUCACAUUCGUAAAAGCCGGUGGUAACGGAAUUCUGUUCUGAGAGAAAGGCUCAGAAAAUACUUAGUAAAAACAAACAAAAAACUUUUGGUGGUGGCCAAAGUAAAUAAAACCUGAUAUACAGCACAGGUUGAGACAUCAUUUUUUUAUUGUGUAGAUUAUGCCUGGAUUUUAGUAAUAAAUGUUUUCAAAAGAAUCAUCCCUGUGAUUUGAUUUCCAUGCUGGACUGUGUACACACUAGGUGAGACACUGCGGUUGGGUGCUAAGCUUUUUAUCAUAAAGUGUAAAUUGAAAGUAAGCAACAUAUAUUUCAACGGUGUAAAUACAAGUCUGCCAUUUGUAAUGAACAAACAAGGAAGUAGAAGGUUGUCUCACUAUUAUUUCACUAUGGGAUGAAAGCUUCUGUGUGCAACUUAUUAUUUUUAAAUUGAUGCGCUGAAUAAGGUGAUGCACUCGAAUCUUUGAAAUACAACACAGGCUUUUUUUCUGUAAAAUCUGUUUUACCGUCUGCUAUGCAAACACCUGGCGAUCUAAUAAGCAGGUAUAAGAGGUGGGGGGUUGAUGUGGGGGCCUAAUGGUGGAGGCACAUACCGCAUAGAGUAACUGUGUAGUGAAUGGUUUCCUUCUCCCCACAUUUGAAAAUAAAGCAACAAAAAGGAUAAUAAUUAAAAGGAUGUCCUCUGCAACACCCACCAACCGUGAACCCUACGCCUGGCACAACUCACCAGUACAACUAUCUUGCCUCGUGUAAUUAGGCUGAGGGAUGUGGGCCGCUGUUCACUUCUUUUCUCAUUUUCAUCUAGACCUUCAUACAGUACCCAGAUUGUUUUUUGUCAUUAAUGGGUUAUGUAACAGUGUGGCAACAUCGGCUCAGAUCCGCUACAGACAGAAGAGAGAAAAAAAGAUGCAGCAAUAUUCAAAUUAUUUGCGAGGUACAUUCACUAAGAUGAAAAUAAGAAAAUGAUGAUAAGCCUUGGGAAAUAAGGAACUGAAUGCACCUACAGCAUACUGUCAUGGAAACGUACAAUGACAAACUACGCACACACACACACACCAAAAUGCACUGCCUACACUGUUUACAAGCAAGAAACCAAUCUGCACAUUUAAAACUGUGAUGAUGAAAACAUUAAUGAAACAGCUACUAAAGCACAAAAUCCCUUUUCACCUGAUAAAUAUUUACACGCCGCUUACUUGGCUGCAGCUCAUCCGACGCAGGUGGGAUCUCUGCUUCCCCCCCGCAGCAUCAAAUCUUUGAGCAAUGAAUUAAUACGUUGGAAAUAUUACACCAGAUUUCCUCCUCAUGCCGACCCGAUGCUGCUACACAUCAUCCAUACAAAUGAUGUGGGAUUCAUAAGCAGCAUUUUUUUGAUUUAACGUGUGGCAACUGAGUGUGUAUGUUAACGUCACAAACAGCUUUUGUGUACAAAAAAAAUGUUUUAUUACCUUUUUUUGCCGUAAAGAGGCACCAGAGUAAAAAAAUAUGAAUACGAGCAACUAAAAUGUUUUUUUGUUUUUUUUACAACAUGAGCAAAGUUGAAAAUUGGUGACUGGGCUUUGCAUUUCAGGCAUUUUAGCCGGUUGACUUCUUGUGUCUUGAUAAACGUCUUCUGUUCUGCAGGCUGUGCAAAAUGUGCAUGCUUGUCUGAUGUUGUUUAUGACCGAUGUUCAUUGACAGGAAUUCACAAACAGGUGCAGCCACGAUGCCCGGAGGACGACCUGAGUAACACGAACCAAAGGGAAACCUGUGGAAUGUAAUGGAAUUCAACUAUUUUAUCGCGUUUUUAAAAAGGCAUCAGUUGUGACGCCGAGUCUCAUCAAAAUGAACUGUGUUAAAAAAUUUAAGAUAAAAGAUAUGCAUUAUGUGUACAGUUCUCCUGAAACAUGAUGUUAUGGAAAAUAAAACUGAGAAAUCCCA